GCACUUCAGUAGGUACAUGAGCACCUGGCCGCGGGAGUUUCAGGAUCCACGUGUUGUGCUUUAUAUCGGGAAGGAGAGUUGGCCGUUUCCUCACGGACCGGUCCCCAGUCAGUCUCGCACCGGCGGCUUUGGUUUCGGAUGAUGAAAGAAAGAGGAAACAAUCAACAAUAUAAACAUCUUUUCUCUGGUUAUUCUCAAACGCAAACGUUUGAUCAUUGGUUUCUCUUUUACCCAAAUAACUCUCCCUCUCCUCUCUUCUACAUGCCAGAGUAGAUCACAAAUUUAUCGUCUCUCUACUUUAAUUAAGAAUAUUCAAAGAGUUGAUACUCGAUACAUCUUUCUAAAAGCAGAGAGAAUCCGACUUACAGAAGAAACCUUUUUGGGUUUGCUCGAUACUGUAUUUAAGGUCAUCGAUCAAAGCAAUACAAAGAGAGUAGGGGAAGAAGAGGAGAGACUAGUGGCGCUGGUUCAGUGAGGAUAAAAGGAAAACCAGGUGGUUUUGUUUGUGGAAUGGGAGUAGAAGACAAUGGACUUCUGGCCAGAGUUUCUCGCAAGCAGCUGGGGCAAGGAAUUCGUGGCGGGGGGUUUCGGGGGCAUGGCGGGUGUUGUGUCUGGUUACCCGCUGGACACGCUGAGGAUACGUCUCCAACAGCCUUCCAACACUAGAUCCGCCUUCGGCCUCCUCCGCCAUAUCGUCGCUUCUGAAGGACCUUCCGCCCUGUACAGAGGCAUGGGUGCACCUGUAGCCUCCGUUGCCUUCCAGAAUGCCAUUGUCUUUCAAGUCUAUGCGGUCUUAUCACGAGCAUUUGAUUCAUCAACCGACGGCACUGAACCCCCUUCAUACAAAAGCGUUGCACUGGCAGGAUUUGGCACAGGCGCUUUGCAGACUUUGCUGCUCAGCCCCGUUGAGCUUGUUAAAAUACGACUCCAAUUGAGUACAAAUGCGCGAUCGCACCAGCUUCCAAAUCAUCAGCCGAGUCCACUAAGUGUAGCUAAAGGCAUCUUGAGACGAGAAGGGGUGAGGGGGAUAUACCGAGGCCUGACCAUCACUGCGCUACGAGAUGCACCCGCUCAUGGCUUCUACUUCUGGACGUAUGAGUACGCAAGGGAACAUCUUCACCCAGGCUGCCGAAAGAGCGGCCAGGAGAGCCUCAGAACCAUGCUGGUUGCAGGAGGGCUGGCGGGUGUUGCCAGUUGGGUUUGUUGCUAUCCCUUUGAUGUGGUGAAGACCAGACUCCAGGCUCAAACCCAAUCCCAGUGGGAUCGUUCUCCACCUAAAUACCGUGGCAUCAUUGAUUGUUUCCAGAAAAGUGUCCAAGAAGAGGGAUAUCGUGUGCUGUGGCGGGGACUGGGGACUGCUGUCACACGGGCCUUCGUGGUGAAUGGAGCAAUCUUUUCUGCCUAUGAACUAUCUCUGCGUUGCAUCUAUAGCAACAACAACCAUGCAAGCGUUCAGACAGAAGAGAACAGUCUGUGAAGCUGUGGAAGAAACCCGAGUCUGUUCUAUUAAAUAUUGGAAGUAAUAGAUUAUAAUGAAUAUACAAACAUUCCUAUUGUUUUUAACUUUUAAACAAGAAUGUAUGUAAAAUAUUGAGAUCAUUGAAUAGAAGAAACUCUUGGAUUACUCAAGCUUGCGGCUUAGAGAUAACCCAUAAUUUUA